CAUGUAUUAUUCAAGUUGCUCCGCGGACUGAGAGACGGGAGUUGCUUGUUGACGUCAGCAAACUUCUCCGGCAGCAGCUGUAGAGGAGCGGAGGUCUGAGGGAGGAGAUGAGGGAAUGAGGCUGCUGGAUGUGGAGCUCGAGACCGUGCAGCGCCGAGCACUUGGGGGCUAUUUUUUAUUUUUAUUUUUUUAAUUCUUUCUUCUUUUUUCUUUUCUACUCCGGGACUGUUUUCGGGACCUCUCCUCGUUUCGGUGAGACGCAGCACUGAUGAGCUCCCACCAGCCUGUCGAUGAGUAAAGCACAACAGAGACCCAACAGCAACAGUCUGCAGUGACAGUGUAAUAUAGGCAGACGCUCCGGAGGGACCUCGGAGACGCACAUUUUUCCACUAUGAACCGCGCCUUCAACAGGAAAAAAGAUAAAUCAUGGAUGCACACCCCGGAAGCGCUGGCCAAGCAUUACAUACCCUACAAUGUCAAGUUCCUGGGAAACACGGAGGUGGAAGCCCCCAAAGGCACGGAAGUCGUAAAGGACGCAGUCAGGAAGCUGAAGUUUCAGAGACACAUCAAGAAGUCCGAGGGACAGAAGACCCCCAAAGUGGAAUUGCAGAUCUCCAUUUACGGCGUGAAGAUACUGGACUCCAAGACAAAAGAUGUGCAGCAUAACUGUCAGCUGCACAGGAUAUCCUUCUGCGCGGACGACAAGACGGACAAAAGGAUAUUCACCUUCAUCUGCAAGGACUCCGAGUCCAACAAGCACCUCUGCUUCGUGUUCGACAGCGAGAAGUGUGCGGAGGAGAUCACGCUCACCAUCGGGCAGGCGUUCGACUUGGCCUACAAGAAGUUCCUGGAGUCUGGAGGCAAAGACGUGGAGACCAGGAAGCAGAUCGGGACGCUGCAGAAAAGAAUCCAGGAGCUGGAAUCGGAAAACUCUGAGCUGAAGCAACAGCUUCAAGAUCUUGAAGAGCAGCUGAUGAUAGCUCACGAGCCACCACCGCUGCACAUAAACGCCACCAACGAGGCGUACAUGCUGCAGAGGCCCUCCUCUCUCUUCUGGUGCCACAGCAUCAAGUCGCUCUCCUGUCUGGAGAUCUCCUCCAUCACGCUCACCCCCAUGAGCUCGCCGGAGUCCAACUUGUCCAGCGGGCUACUAACUCCUCCGCCUGCCAAACCCGCUCCGCUUCCUCCUAAGCCGACCGAGGGAUGCAGCAUCCCGCGGCCUCGCGCGGGGAGCGUCUCCACCAAGCCGCUGUCGACGGACGUUUUCGACAUGGUUCCCUUCUCCCCCGUGACGCCGCUGGUUCCCACGGUGGCCAGUAACGGCUGCCCGCCGCCGCCGACCACGUUGCCCCCAGACAUACGGAAAGACCUGUUCGGCUCGGAGCCGUUUGACCCGUUCACCUGCGGGUCAGCUGACUUCCCUCCAGAUAUCCAGUCGAAGCUGGACGAGAUGCAGGAGGGGUUCAAAAUGGGACUGACCUUAGGGGGCGCCGUCUUCGCUCUGGACCCGCUAGACAGCCGCUGCUGAUGCCACGAAGAUGCUUUUAACUCGUUUGUAUGAAGAAGUGCCAAAAUCCACUCCGCGGUUUUCAUCUUGAGGUUUAUAUAUGCAUUUGCAUUUAGAUUGUUUUUUUUUUUUUUGUGGAAUAUGUCAAGGUAGACUCAGAUCCAUUAUAGAAAAGAAAUAUUUUUGUAAAAAGAAAAAAAUAAAGUACUUUUGCUUGCACAUGCAAUGAGAGAUGUAAAUAGUCGAAUAUGUCCAAUGGUACACUCUGGGGCAGAAUUUUCAUAUGAAUGAAUGUGUAUGCACCAUUUGAACUAUAUUGUUGUAUUGUUAACACAUUCCUGUUUGUAUGCCGAACACAAGCUGGCAAAGAAAAUAAAUUGAAUCUCUAUCAAGCAUCAGCUUGCCCAUAACAACAUAUAGGUUACUUUACUUAACAGUAUGGAGUUAAUUAAUACAAUCUGAUCUUUUUGGGAGGGCUUGCCAAUCUUUUAAUCUUUUAUUUUUUACAUUUAUUUUAUUUGUAUUUUGCAGGUUUUAGUUGCCAUUUCAGUAUUUACUUCUCGUUUCUUUUAAUUGUCAUAAUUUUAGUCUCCUCUUUUUUUGACAGCCUCUGUCCAUAUACAGUACUUUUCCAUAUUUUUUAAAAACUUUUGGUUGCAUUGACUUUGCUGUUACAGAUAAUAAAGAAAGUCUUACUGCGA